GGGCAGAAAAACCUUCGCAUAAGGCAUCCAGCAGAUGAUAAGAGAAAGAGCGAAAGACAUCUGGAUGAGAACUUUUACUUGUAGACUUUGUUGGCCUCAUCCCUAGUUCUUAUUAUUCCUAAUUUUAUCAGUAGAGUUUUGAAGGCGGCCCUUAUCCAGCUUUGCCAUGUGGCUCCCGGCCUCCGUUUCGGUUACUGAGGUCCUGAUCGGCCUGGCUGUUUUCUGCCUGCUCUUCCUUGUCCUCCAGACCUUCCGGAAACAGAUCCCCCGGGGCCUAAAAAGAAUCCCUGGACCACGGGGCUACCCCUUGAUCGGCAACCUGCUGGAGGUGGGCACCGACGUCCACCUCAGCUUGACUCAGAUGAGCAAGACCUACGGUGAUGUCAUGAUGAUCCACCUGGGGACGAAGCCCAUCUUGGUGCUGAGUGGGCUGGAGACCAUCAAGGAAGCCCUGGUGAGACAUGGAGAAGUCUUCAAGGGACGCCCUGAUCUUCUCACCUUCCGCCACGUGGCCGAUGGCCAGAGCCUCUCUUUCAGCACGGAUUCUGGACCGGUGUGGGUUGCCCGUCGCAAGUUGGCUCAGCACGCCUUGAAAACCUUCGCUUCUUCGCCCAGCGUCACCUCUUCCUCCACCUGCCUCUUGGAAGACCACGUCUCUGAGGAGGCCCAUCAUCUGAUGGCGAAGCUCCAGGAGGUCAUGCUUGCAAAGAACCGUCUGGACCCCUAUCUGUACUUGACGGUUGCCGUGGCCAACGUAGUUUUGGCCAUGUGUUUCGGCCGGCGUUACGACUACGACGACAAAGAACUGCUCGACAUUGUGAUCAACAGCGAACAGUUUGUGGAAUCCACAGGCUCCGGAAGUCUAGCCACCUUCAUCCCUGUUCUUCAGUACCUUCCCAACAGCCAAGUGAAAAAGUUUAAGAACUACAACCGGCAGUUUACUCGCUUCCUGCGGAAGAACGUUGAAGAGCAUUAUGAGAGCUUCAGGGAGGAUCACAUCCGCGAUAUCACCGAUUCUCUGAUCGAGGAAAGCCAAAAACAGAAAGCAGACACCAAAGCGAAAAUUCAGCUUCCCGCUGGAAAAAUUGUGAACCUGGUCAAUGAUAUUUUUGGGGCAGGUUUCAGCACUGUGUCCACCGGCUUGUCCUGGUGUCUUAUGUACCUCAUCGCUUAUCCCGAAAUUCAAAAAAAGAUCCAGGAAGAAAUAGACGUCACCAUCGGCAGAGAACGGAAGCCACGAUUGUCCGAUCGAUCCCUGCUCCCUUACACGGAAGCGUUCAUCCUGGAAGUGUUCAGGCACUCUACCUUCGUGCCGUUCGCCCUCCCCCACUGCACCACGAGAGAUACCCUUUUCAAGGGCUACUUCAUUCCUAAGGACCUCUGCAUCUUUAUCAACCAGUGGCAAGUCAACCACGAUGAGAAUCUUUGGAAAGACCCCUCUGCCUUUGUUCCCGAGCGUUUUCUCACCGCCAACGGGAAAGAAAUCAACGUGGGUGAACGGGAGAAAAUCCUGCUCUUCGGUUUGGGGAAACGGCGAUGCAUUGGAGAGCUCAUCGCGCGACAGGAAGUCUUCCUUUUCUUGGCCACUUUGCUCCAAGACCUUCAGUUCAGCGUGCCUGACGGGGUGAAGGUAAACAUGACCCCUCUCUACGGGCUCGCCCUCAGGAACGAGAGAUGUGAGCAUGUCCAAGUGAAACAGCGUUUUCCUAAUAAGAUGAACUAAUUGUAAAGAGG